AUUGAAAUUGCAUAUUUUCGUUACAUUUAGUAUAUUUUUAAUCUAAUAACUAUUUAAUUGAUGUAUCUGAAAUUGAAAAAAAAACACAAAAUAUGAAUGUAAAAGGUCAAAAGUUCAUUUUUCAAUCGUACAAUUCUAUUGUGAUAGAAAACGGCGACAACAAUAAUUAUUAAAAAAUGAUAAUUAAUGGUAAUAAAAUUUUUUUCAUUCUUAUUUGAAGGUGACAAAAUAGUAGUCAAGAUUUAAAGCUCACAAUAUUAAAACAUGUUUUAACAUAGAAUGAAACUUUCUAUUUUUUAAAUAUGAUUAUUCCAAAUUGCGUGUAAUUUAAAAUUACUCAUAUUUCAUAUAGUUUCUCCAUAAUUUUUAAAACGAUAUGAAUUUCUCUUCGUUCACAACCUGCGGUUUGCUACAAUUUUUUGUUCUAAACUAUCUAAUUUCUCCAUUAGUAUUUGGAGAAGUAACAAAACAAAUACAAUGUUACGAUAAAGAUUUACAGAAUAAUAAAUAUUUAAACAAUUUAAGUGAAAGUAAUUAUUUAAUAUUAAAUGAAUCAAAUUUUACGCAAAGUGUCUAUAGUGAAAAAAAUGAAACUAAUGAAAAGUCUCCUUGGUUUUUAAAUAUACCACUAUUGCCAGUAAUAGUUGCAACUUCGAAUUCAAUUCCUGAAGGUUCUUGUAAAACACAACUACUAUUGUAUCUUAAUCAUUUAAAAAAUGGAACUUUAUGGGCAACUGAAAUGUUUGAUUCGUCAGCUAAAUAUCCUUAUGGCUUAUUUGGUGGUUUAACACGACAUUUGGGAAGUUUUGAUCAGUGUGAUCGAAUACAGACAAAAAUAAUGAAUAAGAAUGAUGGAGAAAUUGAGGAAAUACGUGGCAGAUAUUGUUUGGUUGAUGUAAAAUUUAAAGAAGAAAAUGAACCAACAAAUUCUAUUGGAGAGCACAAGAUAUUUUUUGAUCCACAAGUUUCUGCCUGGGAAGCAAUCAGAGAAAAAGGCGAUUUUCGACGUUACAUAAGAUACUUUUUGCAAAUGGCAUUAUGUUUUCCUGCAAAAUGCAAAACAGAGGAUAUUGUGGCAGCACUAAAAGAACCCCUAGAUGAAUUUGGUAAAAAAUACAAUAUUCAAGUCACAGCAUCAAUUUUACCACUACAUUGUUCUUCUACUACUUCAAAGGGAGCCGCUUUUUCUAAUUACGAGACAAUUUUCUGUUUAACAUUCUUUUUAAUAUUUACUGUCAUCAUAAUAAGUACAAUAAUGGAUAUUAAUUCUGACAAAAAGGGAGCAAUUUCUUUACCAAAAGAAUUAUUAAACUGCUUUUCUGCUCGUGAAAACUGGAAUAAAAUUUUUAAUAUAACUUAUGCACAUCCUGCAUUUGAGUGCAUAUAUUUUAUUCGAGUAUUAAUGGCAGGUCUUACAGUUAUUGCUCACAGACAAUUGCAAUAUAUGUAUGCAGGAAAUAUAAGUGGACGAUAUUUGGAAUGGGUUUUAUCUAAUCCCACUUUUGGAUUAGCUCACAAUUUUUCCGUUAUUGUAGAUGCAUUCUUCGGUGUGGGAGGACUUUUACUUUCUUAUUCAUUAUUGGAAAUACUGAAUAAAUCACAAAAAUUAGAUUACAUGCGUUUGAUUUUAAAUCGAUUAAUGAGAAUACUACCACUUUAUAUGUUCGUAACAUUUGGAUAUGCAACAAUUUUUCAUCGAAUUGGUUCUGGACCAUUUUGGGAAUCUCGUGUUGGAUUUAAUCGAGAUUCUUGUUCUUCAAAUUGGUGGACAAAUUUGUUUCUCAUCAAUAAUUAUUUUGGUGGUAACAACAAGUGCGUGGCUCAGUCGUGGUAUUUAGCUGUUGAUUUUCAAUGUUAUUUAUUUGGAUUAAUAUUAAUUACUGCAUUUAACAAAAUGUCUCGUAAAAUUGGUUACAUAUUUUUAUGUUGCAUCUUAAUUAUUUCUACUGCAUUAACUUUUUAUUUUACUUAUAAAAACAAUGCAGAUCCCGUAUUUACCUCCUAUGUAAGAACGAGAAGAAUAGAAGAAAUUGAUUAUUUUCUUAAUUAUUAUCUUAAGACUCAUUUGCGUUUGGCUGCCUAUGUUACUGGAUUAAUUUGUGGAGCUUUUAUGUUUGAUUGUAAAAACGCUGAAUGGCGUCUCUCAAAGGUUUGGUCGCAAAUUUUUUAUCUUACUGCGAUUUUAUUAGCUUAUACUACAAUGUGGAGUGGAACCUUAUUUAUGAAUCCAAAUUUGAAAAUCACUGCUUUAUCAAAAGCUCUUUACGCAAGUCUUCAUAGACCAAUUUUCGCAUUCAGUAUUUGUGCUAUGCCUCUUCUAUUUACAAUUGGACACGGUUUGGAUUUUUAUAAAAAAAUAAUAAAUGCAAGAUGGUUGCAACCAAUAUCAAGAAUUUCUUAUGCAAUUUUUCUUACUCAUGGCGUGUUAAUUCUUUAUGAACUUGGUACUAUAAAAACACCAAUUACAUUUUCCUUUUACAAUGGAUUUAGAUAUACUGUAGGGGAUUUUAUUUUCACUAUGCUCUUGGGAUUAUUCUUUGCUAUUCUAAUUGAAUUUCCAUUUAGAAACGUUGGAUACAUAAUUUUGAAAAAGCAGACAAUUGUUAUAGAACAAAAACAAUCAUCAAAUAUCAAAAGAAAGGCGGAUUAAUCAUUAACAGUUCCUAAUCAAAUAAUUCAGAAUAUUACAAUUAAUAUAAUGUUAAUCAUUCCGACGACCCUGUAAGGAUAUUAAAGAGUAUUUAAAUUA